CAAAAGAUUCAUUCAUUCUUCCAGCUUGGAAUCACAUAUGGCUAUGCAUACUGGAGGAAGCCCCUUCUCAUGUACAGUUUGCGCCAAAAGAUUCAUUCAUUCUUCCAGCUUGGAAUCACAUAUGGCUAUGCAUACUGGAGGAAGUCCCUUCUCAUGUACAGUUUGCGCCAAAAGAUUCAUUCAUUCUUCCAGCUUGGAAUCACAUAUGGCUAUGCAUACUGGAGGAAGCCCCUUCUCAUGUACAGUUUGCGCCAAAAGAUUCACCCAUUCUUCCAGCUUGGAAUCACAUAUGGCUAUGCAUACUGGAGGAAGCCCCUUCUCAUGUACAGUUUGCGCCAAAAGUUUCAUUCAUUCUUCCAGCUUGGAAUCACAUAUGGCUAUGCAUACUGGAGGAAGCCCCUUCUCAUGUACAGUUUGCGCCAAAAGUUUCAUUCAUUCUUCCAGCUUGGAAUCACAUAUGGCUAUGCAUACUGGAGGAAGCCCCUUCUCAUGUACAGUUUGCGCCAAAAGAUUCACCCAUUCUUCCAGCUUGGAAUCACAUAUGGCUAUGCAUACUGGAGGAAGCCCCUUCUCAUGUACAGUUUGCGCCAAAAGAUUCAUUCAUUCUUCCAGCUUGGAAUCACAUAUGGCUAUGCAUACUGGAGGAAGUCCCUUCUCAUGUACAGUUUGCGCCAAAAGAUUCAUUCAUUCUUCCAGCUUGGAAUCACAUAUGGCUAUGCAUACUGGAGGAAGCCCCUUCUCAUGUACAGUUUGCGCCAAAAGAUUCACCCAUUCUUCCAGCUUGGAAUCACAUAUGGCUAUGCAUACUGGAGGAAGCCCCUUCUCAUGUACAGUUUGCGCCAAAAGUUUCAUUCAUUCUUCCAGCUUGGAAUCACAUAUGGCUAUGCAUACUGGAGGAAGCCCCUUCUCAUGUACAGUUUGCGCCAAAAGAUUCAUUCAUUCUUCCAGCUUGGAAUCACAUAUGGCUAUGCAUACUGGAGGAAGUCCCUUCUCAUGUACAGUUUGCGCUAAAAGAUUCAUUCAUUCUUCCAGCUUGGAAUCACAUAUGGCUAUGCAUACUGGAGGAAGCCCCUUCUCAUGUACAGUUUGCGCCAAAAGAUUCAUUCAUUCUUCCAGCUUGGAAUCACAUAUGGCUAUGCAUACUGGAGGAAGCCCCUUCUCAUGUACAGUUUGCAAUCAGCGUUUCGUUUCUUCGAAGACUUUAGAAAGACAUACAAAUAGGAAAAUCUGUCAAUAUAGAGUCCCGUGCUCUGUUUGCCACCGAUUUGUAUUUCCUGCAGUUUUAAAAAAUCAUAUGGAAGCACACGAUAAAAAAAUAUUGUCUUGUACAAUCUGCGGAAAAAAAUACACAAGUAGUCAAGGAUUAAACUGUCAUAUGGAGAUCCACACAAAUAAUGAUUCCAAGGGAGUCAAUAGUUGUAAAAAUAUAGUGAAACACACUCAUAAAUCUUCAGCUGUUAUUAGGAACAAUUCACUGCAAACCAAUAAAGAUUUAGAAAAGGUUAGUUGUAACAAUAUGUUGAGAGUCAAUAAUUGUAACAAUAUGGAGAAACACACUCAUAAAUCUCUAGAAAAAGUAGCAGUUAUUAGGAACAAUUCAAUGCAAACUGAUAAAGAUUUAGAAAAGUUGAAAAAAAUAGAUGAAGAUGUCAAAAACUCUUCUGAAAACAAUAAUAUUUUGAAACAAGCUAAUGAAGAAAAAGCUAGUAACAACAUUAUGUUAACGGAAUCCAGUAAAACGGUGAAAAAACAAGUGAUCAUCAAUAUAAUGACUGAAGAUAAGGUAGAAUAUAUUAUUGACAAUCCUAUCUCAUGUGAAAUUUGCAUGAAUAGUCGAGUUAUUAAACAUUUGGUAUCCACUUGAGUCGGUUUCUUGCCAAUUUUGAUUAGCCUCCAAGUGAAAAUUAUUUCUUUAAAGUUUUAGGUGUCUAAAUUAUUUGGUUCUCACUUAUGCAAGUUGUCUUACAAUUAAGUUGUGUGGUCAUGUUGAUUGACAUACUAUUUUUAUAACUUACCAACAUAUUUUUAAAAGUUUUAGGUGUCUAAAUUAUUUGGUUUUCAGUCAUGCAAGUUGUCAUACAAUUAAGUUGUGUGGUCAUAUUGAGUGACAUAAUAUUUGUAUAAUUUACCAAUAACAUAUUUUCAAGUUUGUAGAGGACAUAUUUGUUGAAUUGAUUGAUAAUAUACAGUAUUAAUAGUGGUAAUAUACCUAUUACCAUAGAGAAACAAU